AUGGGUAGAGGCAGGAACGGUGGGGGUAAUAACAACAACGGUGGCAAUCAGGGGAAUAACAAUAACGGCUACAGCAAUAACAACAACGGCGGUAAUCAAGGGAAUAAUAAUAACGGCUACAACAACAACAACAGCGGCAAUCAAGGGGAUAACAAUAACCGCAACAACAACAACGGCGGCAAUCAUGGGAAUAGCAAUAACCGCAACAACAACAACGGUGGCAAUCAUGGGAAUAGCAAUAACCGCAACAACAACAACGGUGGCAAUCAAGGGAAUAACAAUAACCGCAACAACAACGGCAACCAAGGCAACGUAGCCUGCGGCAACUGCGGAAGAACAAACCACACAACGAGAAAUUGCAAGGCCCCGACAAACAACAAUGGCAACGUAGCCUGCGGCAAUUGCGGAAGAUCAAACCACACAACAAGAAACUGCAAGGCCCCGAAAAACAACAACGGUAAUGUAGCCUGCGCCAACUGUGGAAGAUCAAACCACACAACAGCAAAUUGCAAGGCCCCCAAAAAUAACAAUAACAGCAAUUUGCAGUGCUACUAUUGCGGUUCCCAGGACCAUCUCAGCGACGAUUGCUCCUUCAAAGAUGUUCUACAGCCAUUGUACCCGCCGGUACGGGACAAUAAUGGUGGUGAUGGAAGAUAUCAGAAUGAUCUUGACGAUCAAAUCUCGACGGCUAGUUUGGAUCCUUCGGGUUCAGACCGGACAUACGUCGAGUGCCAUUGGGAUCCAUAUAGUUAUACAGAUGGCGACGGCGAUAUCCUUAUGAACUUUAGUGAUCCGAUGGACAUUUGUGGGCCACAUGGAUGUGGUAAUUGCGCCAUAACCAUGAAUGGCCAUGAUCGGCAGCUUAUAUCUGGUACUAUGCGAGUAAUGCAUAGGAAGAUGCAGCAGUUGGAGUCAGCCGCGUCACUAUUUGGAAUUGGACCCUGA